AGCCCUGGCCUUGCCGAGCUCCGUUUCUAGAUUCUCACUCGUCCCGCGCCCUUCUGGGCGCCCGACACCGACUGGCCCGCCAGGGUCCAGCCACCCCCUCCUGGACUGACCAGGCUAAAGGGACCGCAGUGGAAAAGGUCAAGUCUAGAGCGCCCGCCACCCGGUGCCCGCCGAGCCGGGGAGCGCAAACACCGCGCGCAGCCCGGCUCGCCAAGUAGCGGAGCGGAGCGGCCCCAGCCACCUCCUGCAGCCGCGCGUCUCAGCGUGGCGUGCUCGCUCCGGGUCCGCCGCUCCGGGGUCGGCCUGGGGAGGCCAGGGAGCCGGGAGCCCGGUGCCCCUAUGUGCCGCCGCGCCACCGCGCCGCCCCAGCUAUGACCCUGAGCACGGAGAUGUCCGAUGCCUCCGGCCUCGCGGAGGAGACAGACAUCGACGUGGUGGGGGAGGGCGAGGACGACGAGGAGGAGGAGGAGGACGAUGACGACGAGGGCGGCGGCGGCCGCCGCGGCAGCGGGUCCGGGUUGCCCAGCUCGGCCCAGCGGCGGCGGCGCUCUUACGCCGGGGAGGACGAUCUCGAGGACCUGGAGGAGGACGACGACGACGAUGACCUGCUGCUGGCCUCGCGGCCCGCCGCGUCCCCCGCGCCUCCGGGUCCUGCGCCCGCUCCGGGGACGGGGUCCGGCGGCUGCAGCGGCGCGGGAGCGGGAGGCGGCGCGGGAGGUGGUACGGGCGCGGGCACGGGCGGGGGCGCUAAGAAUCCGCUGGUGAAGCCGCCCUACUCGUACAUCGCGCUCAUCACCAUGGCCAUCCUGCAGAGCCCCAAGAAGCGCCUGACGCUCAGCGAGAUCUGCGAGUUCAUCAGCAGCCGCUUCCCUUACUACCGAGAGAAGUUCCCCGCCUGGCAGAACAGCAUCCGUCACAACCUGUCGCUCAACGACUGCUUCGUCAAGAUCCCGCGCGAACCGGGCAACCCGGGCAAGGGCAACUACUGGACCCUCGACCCGGAGUCCGCAGACAUGUUCGACAACGGCAGCUUCCUGCGGCGCCGCAAGCGCUUCAAGCGCCAGCCGCUACUUGCUCCCCACGCGGCGGCCGAGGCGCUGCUGCUGCGCGGUGCGGGGCCGGCAGCGGGAGCGGGGGACCCGGGCGCCGCGCUCUUCCCGCCGCCGCCGCCGCCGCCCGCCUGCGGCUACGGAGCCUACGGCUGCGCCUACGGCCUGCAGCUGCCACCCUGCGCGCCGCCCUCCGCGCUCUUUGCCGCUGCCGCCGCGGCAGCCGCCGCCGCCUUCCAUCCGCACUCGCCCCCGCCUCCUCCUCCGCCGCCGCCGCCUCCCGGUGCGGCCGCCGAGCUGGCGCGGACCGCUUUCGGCUACCGGUCACACGCGCUGGCCGCCGCCCUGCCCGGCCCGUUGCAGGCGGCCGCAGUCAAGGCGGGAGGCCCGGGCGCCGCAGCGCUCUCACGCUCGCCCUUCUCCAUCGAGAGCCUCAUCGGGCGCACUCGGGGUCCCGCGGCCGCCGGGGCGCACGCCUCGUCCGGGGCCGCCAGCGGGACCGCCCCGGGACCCGGGGGCGGGGGUUGCGCAGUGCAGGCGGCUGCUGGUCCCGCCGUCGCGCUCACCCGCUCGCUCGUGGUCGCCGCCGCGGCCGCCGCCUCCUCUGUGUCCUCGUCCGCCGCGCUGGGAACUCUGCACCAAGGGACUGCGCUGUCCAGUGUGGAGAACUUUACUGCUAGGAUUUCCAAUUGUUAGAAACGCCGUUAGCGCGCGGGAGAGAGCGAAGGUAGGACCCCCGGCUUCUUUCUCCGGAUGGGGGGUUGGUUUCGUUAGCCCCUCCCGGUCCUCGGCGACCUCGCGCCCCCAUUUUCGCCGCUUCGGAUUCUUGGACCAGACUGUGUUGGGCGACAGCUGGGGCGUCACGCAGUUUAGCUCAGAGGGUCCAUCUAUUUAUGCAAAAUCGCCCUAUGCUGCAACCCUGACUUGGGGUGGGAAGGAGGGGAGUCGCUCUGUCUUGGCACUAGGAAUUUCCUUGACUUUUGACAAAUUGAGAAAAAAAAAAAAAACAAGCAAAAUCAUCAAAACUAAGACCUUUUUGAGGUGUAGAGAUUCUCAGGUCCAGGCGUUUAAGAAAAAAAAAAAAUCAGUAAUGUUUAAAUGCAGCUUAUAGAAAACCAGUAAAAGUCUCCAAGAAAUGCCUCUACUUGUUCACUCUUGUUUGGUAUACUUUUUUCAUGGAAAGAAAAUAAAAAGAAAAAAAUUAACAUGUUUACACAAGAAACAAGUCGAAAUUUUCCUAUUUUUAACCUGUGUUUUGUAUCAUAAUGGACAUGCGGAAUUUUUAUUUUGUACUUACUACGUAUUCUUUGCAAGGAGUAUUGUAAAUUUUACUGGCAAUUAUUAUUGUACUAUUCUAAUGUAAGAUUUUUACACUUUUUUUCAGAAAUAAAAUGCUUAAUUUUCAAAGAAAAGCCACCUAAGUAAUUGGCUGAAUUGUCCCUUUCUUAGUUUCUUUUCUGUUAAGAAGAAAAAAGGUGGAAUAGAUGAGUCUGAACUCAGUCCAGGAUCUACUUAAACAGUACUUUCAAAGAAAGACUAACAAAACCGGGAUGCCAUACUGCCACAGUUCUUCAUUUAAACUUUCCAAGUCAAAGCCACCCGCUGCACGGAACUUGUUUUUAGUGACAGCAAAUGAAAGCUUUGUUACUUUGCUACAUAAUUCCAAGUCCAAGCUUUGUCCAUGUUUAAGAUCAGGGAGAUGUUUUAGUCACUCUAAGGUAAUUUAACAGGAGUGUUCAAUUUUAUUUUAGAAAUUCUCGAGUUAAUUUCGGCUCACUUAUCAGCAAAAUGUUGUACAAAAAAAAUGCUCAAACACUAUGUUAAACUGGGAUGGGAACAACACAGGCAGGGCCCAUCUCUAGUUUACAAUUUUAACAGCAAAAAAGAGAUGAGGAGAUUAUCUGUUUAAAGGUGUAAACGUCCUGGAUAAGCAAAUAUUUACAUUUAUAUCAUGAAUUAUAUAUGAAAGUUCUGGUCUUUAAGGUAAAAGCGAGUCCAGGGAUUAUACAAAUGAGUUCUGAGUGCAAAGGCAAGAUGACUGGGAUUUUGGCUUAAAAUGAAUAACCCAAGCGCAAGAGAAUUUGUCAACUUUAACAGAGUAUGUGGUUCAAAGAUUUAACGAUGAAAGUACCUGGGUGUUUACAGAACUAAAUAACAGUUUGGGUGAUUUAGGGCAUCCCUUUUCGAAUUUUAAGGCGUUCAGUGCUGGUUACAUUCAACUUGUAGUUCCUUUUAGAAGCUGAGGCUAGUCUUGGCUACGUACAGAUGGUACUGCGAGCCCUGCUUAUAGCAGAUGGGUGCAUAUGUAACACAUAAUUUGAAUGCUUUGGGUCAGCAGGUUGCAGUAGAGAUCUGUUUGUUCAGUUUCUUUAAAGUGUGGUAAGUGUACACACUAUAAUAUCUGAAGACUCACAGAUUGAAUCUAUCUAAUCAUGACGUCUGCAUAACAGGCCAGUACUGUGCAGGGCUGGCCAUAUUUGAAGCCUGGUCUCUUCUGAAGAAGAAAAAGACUCAAAACCUCAAGAUGAAAUUCUGUUUGUUUGCACCCUCCCCCCCCCCCCAAGAGAUUUGUGGAGGAUGGUAAAUUUGAGGUUAGAGUAAAGAUAUUUACACCUGAAAAGUACCACUAAAUAUAUAGCAAGUUGUAGGUGAAGAUCUUAUAUUCAAAGGCUUCUUGUACUCUAAUAAAAAUUUUAAAGAAAGCAGACCCGGAGCCCCAGACCCUCUGCAUCCCAGGAGCCCUUUUGCAGAGGCGUUCGCAGGCAGGAUCCAAAGGUAAACCAUAGAGAGGCACGGCACCUCCUGAAGGUAGACUUGUGCAAUGCACAGAGCCGACUUUUGGAUUUGAAAGUUAUUGCGAAGAAAGGCAAAACCAAAACUGUGCGAUUCUUCACCUCCUUCCCCCCCCCCCCAGGAUGAAUGUGUAGCUGCCCAGAAAGCAGGGAAUCUCAGCUACGUCUUUUCUUUUGAUCACACAUCUUCACAUCUUAAUAAAGUGCGGAGUUUUAUUCCCGUCUCCAUAGGCUUUCAGUACACGAGGUUCAGGGUGGCUCAGUGCUGGCGCUGGGGUCCCUGUGCUUGGCUCCCACAUCACCCUCGCGGGCAGCAGACCACAAACCUGCUUUUGGUCAGGCUGGGUGCCGUGAGCUUGUUUAGUCUGUUGCAUACCACCAGGUUCAGCCUACUUUCUGAGAUUUGGGCGUUUGCUGUGGGCUUUACUCAGCAAACCUGGUCGGCGAACUGAUGCUGGGUACAGUAAGAGGCCCUAAGGUAUGGGCCCAGAGCCGUAAGGACUUUGGGUGUAGACCGAGGAGUGGACCGUGGGCCUUGGGCUGGUGAGCCCGGAGAGUGGGGCACGCCUGGCCAGGCUGUGCUGACAAGCAGGUGUUGGAACAAAGGCAGCGGGUCUACCCAGGCCUUUGAUGGGCAAGGAUGUCUCCUCCUGGGGCUCCUCAUUCGCAUGCAAAUCCAGUGCUGGUCCCCCACCCCACCCCUUUUCUUUGAAGGCAAACAGAAGGAUGUUUGUGUGUUUGUAGGCAAGAAGGCUGCUCGAACAGGCCUUCCUCAAUAGCCUGGGUCUCGAAAAAUAAACCAGUUGGACAAACAUUGGCCACCAGCUCUCCUCCUCCCGACUACAAAGUGUGGAUUUGCUACAACUCAUUAACCCGACGCCUUUCUCUCCUCUCCUUGUUUCUUUACUCAUCAAACGCCCCCGUAGAGCUUGGAGACAAAUGACCGAAGCGCUGUCGGGAGGGAAUUGCAGUUAAUGGGGAGAGGGAUAUAUUGGGGCUAAUGGUUCAGGCAGCUCCCGAGGAAGGACCACACAAAAAGGAGCCUCUCCAUUCAAGGCUCUGUUGUGCUGCGGGGAUUUAAUCUGCAGCUAGAUUUAGCCAAAUGUUAUCUAUUGCGGGGGUAAUGAAGCCCUUAUGGGCUGAAUCGCUCCUUGUACCACACAUGGUGUCAUGACCUCAGAUUGCUUCUUGGUUGAUUUCUUUCUCUAUCGGGUAAUUAUUUUA